AACCGUCGUCGCUCAACACAUCAAGUCUGCCGAUGGCAAGCGCAAGGUCCCCUCUCUCUUUUCUGGCAGCAGCAGCUGGCCGAGCGGCGAAUAGUCUCGAGGCCUCUUGUACUACAAAAAGGAACGGGAGGUCAAUAUGUCAAAACCAGAAGCGACUGCUCGCCCAGGAGCGAUACCGGUUAGGGAGGGAACAACCGACGAUCCCCUCGACAAGGUCGUACAGCACCAAGGCUGCACCGGCUAAUGUGCUUGCAGGUCAAGCCGCUACGGCCACCGAGCGCGGCAGGGUCAAACGCAUGGUCGACGCCCUCCAAACCGGCAACUACCAACGAAUCGUCCACGACUUUCUCAAACUGCACAAAAACGGCAAUGCCUCCCCGGAAGCCUACCGCAUAGUCCUCGAAGCCUGCUCGCAAAUCGGCGACCUCGACACCGCCCGACGCGUGGUCGCGCUCUCACAUGAAGCAGGCGUCGAAUUACCGAUUGAGAUGUACAUGUAUCUCCUGAAAGCAGCGGCGAAUGGGCCGAAUCGGAUGGAGCGGUUGGUGCAGUUACUGGUGGAGUUGGAGAGGGAUAUUCCUGAGGUUGUUUGGGCGACGUUUCGGGGUGCGCCGACGGAAUUUGUGGCCAGGGUUUUGUUGUUGGAGGGUGGGGAGGAGCAUGCGGAGGGUGCGCUGGCGUUGCUGGAUGGGGCGAGUGAGGCGUCGGCAAUACCGCCUGCGAGGCGCAAUUUGGUGCUUUUGGCAUUGGGAACAUUGGGGAAGGUAGAGGAGUUCGAGGCUCUCCUGGAGUUAAAUCGAACCAGUGCAUCUUCAGAAUAUCAUGCGUCUGUCAUCCUGGGACUUUGGAGAUUGGGUCGUCACGACACCCAAUUGCAAAUAUCUGAUGCGGCAGAGGCGAUGCUGAAGACGUUGCGAAGGGAAUUGAAAGAAGACACGAACACUUGGAACGCGAAUCAGGAACUCAUUAUGAAAGCCAUCGAAGUUGCUUUCUUGAGCUGUGCGGAACAGAGAUCCCUGUCCAAGGCCCUGCAAAUUAAGCAAGCGGGGAGGGCACUAACGCAACAUUCGCCGCGGCUGAGUGCGCAGGAUAAAAAUGCACUCCUGAAAGCGCUAGAUGUGGGCACACUGAACCUCAUUCGCACCCUCGUGAAAGCGUCCUAUACAGAAGGCCAGUCGGUGGGUGCCCGUCGCGACCUGCACACAACAUGGACAACCAUAGUCGAAGACAUGCGGUAUCGCCGCACCAUCCAGGACAUCGACACGAGCCUGCUCGUCUUAGAGCUGCAAGUGAUGGCAGUUCGAGACGGCCUGUCCACCACCGACAAGGUGUCUGCCCUGUUUGAGGAUAUGAAGAAGGAUGGGUUAUACCCCACCGUCGAUGUUUACAACACGCUAGCGUAUGGAUGUGCGACGGCGCCUGGUGUGCCGAGGUCGGAGCGUGUGGCGAGGGUGUUGCAAAUCAUUGAAACGAUUCGUGGUAGCGGAAACCAGCCGAAUGCGACGUCGUACGCAUGUCUGUUCACAGCCUUCGAGCCCGACACCGCAAACCCGUCAGCCGAAACCUCAGACCCAAACGACGACAUAGCAACCCACGUCCAAAACAUCUACAAACACGAAACCGAAAUGCUCCAAUCCGGCCUCCGCCACGACGCCGUCUCCGCCUCCGCUAUGAUCAUCGCCCUCCUCCGCCUCCAGCAACACGAGCAAGCCGCCCAACGCUUCACCGACAUGCGCCUCACCCACCUCCCACGCUCGCUCGCCCUCUACAACCAAAUGCUCCACGCCUGCGCCGCCGACCCAUCCGGCGGGGCCGCCGUGUACGCCAUCCGGGACCUGAUCUUUACGUUACGGCGGGAGCAGGGGAUCACGCCGGACAGGGAGACGUACCAGGGGUUAUUGGAGUGUUGUGAGCGGACGGAUGAUGUGGUUGCGGCGUUGUACUUUUUUGAUCAGAUGCGGAUGGAGGAGAUUGUCGGGAAUGCGGAGAUGUAUCGGAUAUUGAUGAGGUUGAUGGAGCCGAGGGGGAAGUGGGUGGAGAAUGAGAAGAAGGUUGUGGUGGAGUGUAUGAAGAUGGACGGCGUUAGACUGGGUAGUCUAGGUUUAUCCCUGUAGACAGAAUUAUUGCAGCGCUGUGCAUUCCGAAUCCGGCGCCUCGUUCAUGAUUUCACUGGGACCCGCUGGGAGGGGGGCUUGCAACUGAUCCCUUUUUCUGCUCAACCAAGGGGGCCACGGGCGGCAUGGCAUGGUGCCUGAGCCUGAGCGCUUAUGAGAUGAUUUUGGGAAGGCGAAGAAGGGACCCAAUGACUGUUUUGACACUAUAUCCUUGUCAGUCCGUUUUGGGACUGGACUUCGUAGCCCUCUCCCGACACAGAUUCUCAUGAGAGUCUCAAAUCUCCACUCAC